AUAUAACGUUCUCAAUCAUACAUGAAGGAUUAUCUGAAGCACCAUUAAAAUGGAAAUGUCAAGGCUAUGGUUGCGCAAGGUCAAUGUAGAUGUUGCCAUACUACUAAUGGAAGGAACAUGCGCUAGUUCCCGUGAAUAACCUCAUGGUUACUCACCAUGAGUAACUAAAUCUCAGCCAUCAGAUUAAAGUGGGCACAAAAAAUCCAGAUUUCAUGGUGGAAAAUUAAAUACAUUUUUAUUUUCUCUUGUUUUUUUAAUCGGCUCAUAUCUUCUUCGUUUUAACUCGGAUUUCUAUUUUUUUUUUUUUUGCACAGAUGGAACGAGUUAGUUGUGCACUAGAAAAUCAGAUCAAUUUUCAAUAUUUUUUUAAAAUUUUUUUUUCUUGUCUCUCAUUACCAAUUGCAUACCAUAUGGUAUAUUCUUCGUUUUUAAGUCAUUUAAAAAAAAUCAUAGAAGGAACGAGUUCAUCAUGAUCUAUUGGAUCUACAAAUUUUUGGGUGAGCAAAAUACAAGACCAAAACAUACCACCCAAUACCACCCUGGUAUGGGGUGGUAUCUUGUGGUACACAAUGUUGAAAGUCGUAAAUGACAGUUAGUAUAUUCCUAUUAUCAUGUAUUCAAUCAUCCUACAGUCUUGGUAUGUUCAUACCACCAUGGUAAGGUUUUACAUACCAUAUGGUAUGCUCUUAUUUAAUACCAAUCAAUAUCAUAUGGUGUAUACUGGUAAAAAAUGGCAAAAAAAUUUGUUCCAAAAAUAUAUCAAAGUGGAUAUCAUUUUGAAGAGCACAAUUAAUUUGAUCUAAUUGUGCAAAAAAAAAAUUGAGACUUUAAAGUGAGUGAAAAAUCGUCCGUUAAAGAUUAAGGGUGAAAAAAAUAAAGGCUUUACAGGAGAGAGAAGGGGUGUUGAUGUGGCGUAUGGUGAUUGAGUUAUGCAUGGUUACUCACCACAAGGUUAUGUAUAGGAACUGCUCCCGGAGAAACAUGGUCUGGGAUGGUGAUAAGGAAUGCAGGCAGAGAGUUCUAUAUGGCAGUAGACAGUAGUACGAAGAAGACGAGUUGGUUGGCGGCCGGAAUUGGCAGAAGCGAAGACAUUUCUGCGGGACUAAAAUUAACCAUCCAACACGAUUUUCAAAUGCCACAAGUGGAAUCGAACGGAUAAAAUUAUUACAUCCUAUUGACUGGGAUGAGAUCCGAAUCCUGGAAAUGGAGUUGAAUCGGCAAUGGGAGGCUGGGGAAAUAUAUUGGCAGCAGAAAUCUAGAGUCCGAUGGUUAAAGAAAGGUGAUACGAAUACUUCUUAUUUCCAUACGGUUAUGAGGACAAGGAGAAAACGAAACUUUGUGGCAGGCCUUCGUGGUGAUAUUGGUGAAUGGAUCACUAAGGAGACUGGGAAGGCAGACAUGGCCUGUAGUUUUUAUCACAAUCUUUUCACCUCGGAGAACCAGGUGUGGAACAUGGGUGAUAGAGUGGGUGAUCUUCCCAUAGCCCAGAGUAUUGCACCGGAAAUGAACGUCAGUCUUACGGCUGAAGUCCUUCCUUGUGAAGUGAGGAAAACGGUUUUGUCUAUGGGCUCGAAGCAAGCACCUGGUUCUGAUGAAUUCACUGGCAAAUUUUUCAACCUUCUGGGAUAUUGGUGGCAAUUCGGUGAUUGAAGCGGUCUGCUCGUUCUUCACAACGAGUAAGAUGCUCCGUAGCUUCAAUCAUACUUGGUUGACUUUCAUCCCCAAAGUGGAUACUGUGGAAACCAUGAGACAGCUUCGUCCAAUAAGCUUAUGCAAGUUUGUGUACAAAAUUAUAAUAAAAAUCAUGGCUGAACGACGGGCUUGUCUCUUGCCACAUAUAAUCUCGGAAGGCCAAAAUACUUUUAUCCGUGAACGCCAAAUAGUAGAGAACAUUCUCCUGGGACAUGAGUUAAUGCACUACCUAGAAAUCAAAACAAAAGGUAAGAAAGGGUACAUGGCUCUUAAGGUUGACAUGGAAAAGGCCUAUGAUAGAGUCGAAUGGCCAUUUCUCCUUGCGGUUUUGGAGAAGAUGGGUUUUAACUCAACCUGGAGAGGAUGGAUUCAUGAAUGCCUCCAAACAACUUCGUUUUUGGUUCUAAUGAAUGGUACCCUGUCGGGUUACUUCACGCCGUCCAGGGGACUUCGGCAAUGGGGAUCCGCUAUCUCCUCUGUUGUUUGUGCUCUGCACGAAGGGGUUUGCAGCUCUCUUCAAAAAGGCCAUUUCAGAAUGAAAACUUGAAGGUGUA